UACCCAGCUAUGAGCUGAGCAAAGGACUUAUCGCAACCGUACAUUGACACCUCUGGGGCUCUGCAAGGUAACAUUGUAGAACUUUUAGUGUCAGAUCAUCGAAACAGGCCCAUAAUGUAUUUUGUUGCUUUCCUCGGCAUCCUGAUCACCGUGUCGGCCGCGCGACUCCCGCCGAUAUCCGGCUCGCCGACCCACCCCGAUGAGGCCGGCCCGACCCACCCCAAUGAGGCCGGUCCUAUGGAUCCUGAACGCUGUUGCGCUCCAGCACAGUAUACCGCACAUUUUAGUGCCAAUAUUGCUGGGGUGUUGGACACGGGCAAGCUAUCCACUAUAUUCACCAAAGGUCGCGUGGCUUACGACUCUAUCAACGAGCUAAUUGGCCACGAGAUCAUAGUAGAGAAUUUAUCCAAUGGCACGGAGAAAGUAAUCAUGGAUUACAAUAAGCUGAAAGGGUAUUAUAUUACCACAAAGAAGGGUGUUGUCAAAUGCCAGAAGUUCCCCUUAGAAGGAAACUUCCCUCAACGCUGCGUUCCAGAUGAUGCUGUAUUUAUCGGUCAAGCUUCUCUAGGUGACAGAGCUCUCGUCGCAGACCAGUGGUAUAUUACCGAGACGGAGGACAGCCAUACAACUCAUCAGCAUUUCUCCGUUAAAACAGACGGAUGUGUGGAUCUAGGCUCACACAUGCGAAUAGUCGAUUCCAACACUGGAAUGGAACUUCAAUCUGAUGUUGUAAAUUGGUACGACUUCAAAUUAGGCAUCGAUGAUCCAGGCCGUUGGUUCAAGCUCCCCGCAGAGUGCGAGGGUGUCAAAGCGACUAAAAUACCGUCUCAACUUCGUCAGAGCCCGGGGUAUGGUAGGAAGCUGAAAAUCUUUUAUUAGAUCCUCCACAUGCACCCAUAUGCUGAUGAUACUUCUCACUGGAGUUUUCCUAGACGAACUGCUUGUCACUAUUUUGUAGUUACUCAAAAUAUUUUUAGCAUAAAAACGAGCAAUAGAGAGCUGUUGAUAGUAUACAAAUAUUGACUGCUU